GUGGCAUCUGCCUGAGGCUCUGGCCCCUUCAGAGGUGGGGCUGGAGUGAUGCUGCUGUCGUAGGUUAACCAAAUCCCAUUAGAGCAUUUGUAAAAGGCUAGUAGUUGAAGUUCUUGUGGAAGUCGUAAUGGGCCCCCAUGGUACUUUUCCUAUGUCGGAAAACCCAGGACAACACCCACAUUGUCCCACAGGAAGACCUCACAGUUGACAACAGCAAGUGUCUUUCUCUUAGCUAGAAUAAAAUCCGUUAAGGGCGGUCACUACUUAUCCCGGGGAAACAGGACUCGGGGUAACGGGCAACGCAGGCCACGCUGGCUGCUCCCUUUGCCCGGCCUGUGCCUUCCACGGCCGCACAUGUCAUAGCCGACACUCGGCUAAGCAAAUGAGCUCCAUCCACACUGUUCAGCCGCCAGGGGACCAAGUGCUGAGGCGCACCGCUCCCUGGAUGAAGCUUGAAACCCUGUGAGUGAAAGACACACGCCCACAACCGUGUGCUCUGUGCUUCUGUCGGUAGGAAACCUUCAGAGGCAGACCUUGCAGACAGGAGGUGGAGCCUGGGGGGAGAGGGAGCCUCCCUGAGCUGAUGGAACCAUUCUCACGUGGGUGGUGAUGGUUGCAAACUGUGAAUAUGCCCACUGCAAGUGGGUGAAGCGUGCGGUACGUGAAUUACACGUGGGGGGUGAUGGGCUAGCGUGUGGGGCUGCCAGAAGCCCUGCCUGACCCUCAGGACCCCAGAUGUGGGCACUACUGUUCACUGGGCUUCAGCUACGCGUCGGUCACUGGGUCCUGACCCUCGUGUCACAGAUGAGGAAACUUAACAAGGAGGGGGACCAAAGCCUGCGCCCGCCUGGUGUGACCCCACGGGCUCACCACAGACCCCCUGCUCUCCAGGCUGCUCUCGCUGGGGGGCUGGUCUCCUUGCUGAGGCCUUGUCCCUGCCGCCCUCGUGCUCCUAGGUCCAUCCCAUGCUCUGUGGCGGCCUGGUGGUCAUGGUUUGCCUUCUCCCAGGUCUCCCUGAGGCUGGGGCCUUGACACUCCCUAGCCACUGCUCUUGGGGUCACAAUGGGACAGGUCCCAGCACGAUGCUUCCCUGAUCCCCUCCCUUCUGGUGGCAGUUCAUUGCCCCGGGCUCAGCCAGCAUGGCUCCCUGACCUCACAGGGCUGGCUGUGGCCUCCAUGACCCUCCUGCCAUGUCCUAGGGCUUCCUUCCCACCUGCCAUCUGCUAGCACCCAGCCCUCCCCAGUGGGUCCCUGCUCCUCACUCCAGGUGUGGGACAGGGACAGGACGGUCACCUGGGCCUCAUUGCUGGUCUCACUUCUCUGGGCUGGGCACAGGCCUCCCCUUCUCUCCCACUCUUCCCGAGCUCCCACCUCCCAGGCCUCAUGGAGGUCCUGUGGCCCCAGCAGGUUCCUUCUCCAAGGCACUCAGAUGGCUUUCCACCCCACCAUGGGACCUCAGCCCCAGCUAGAUUCGUCCAUUUGGGUCUUUAGGUCCCUAAGUGCACAGCCUCCUGGUUUCUCAGAUUGGCCAGGGGUGCCUCACCCCGUGGACUUUGCACUUGCUGCUUCUUCAAGCUUUUGCACACACUCCCUCACUUCUCCCCAAACUCUUCAGACACCACAUAAGCCCGAGGCCACCCACUUACCCUGUGUAAGCAGAAAAUCAGUCCUGACUGCGCUCUGCUGUCUUUUUCUCUGUAACACGUCUGAUCUGACGUGGUCUGUCUCCUUCCAUGGGCUACACAUCCCUGAGGUGGAGGGUUUGUCUCAGCAAAUGUGGACACCCCAAGAAGGAGGACCCAGGAGUGCCGGCAGGAUGCAAACCCGUGGUUCAGAAGCCAGGCCUGGGUGUCACGCAGAAGGGGGUCUUGGUGGUGUUCAAAGCCCCACCCCUCGCACUUGGGGUCCUUGCACUCCUCAACCAUGUGAGAGUCCCUCCACCUUACAGCUGCCAGCAUCGCCACCCUGCUCCCUCUGUGAUGUCAUGGGGUCUGUGUGACAUCACAGCGGGCAGGGUGGGCCCACCACUGGAGCUAGGUCCCACUGGUGGGAGCGGUGGAGGGAGGAGGUGCAAGUUUGUUGGAUCCAAAGUUGUCCACUUGAAGUGGAACUGUGGGACUGUGCGGCUGAGCAGGCUCAGUGGGGGACGUGGUUGCCAGGUUCCCUCGACCCCGCGUCUCCGUCAGCUGCUACGAUGAGAUAUGCGCCAGAAUUAAAGAAAUCCCCUUCUCACCUCCUGAAGAAAUUUGCAGUGUGUGACAUUCCUCUCUACAACAUAUGUGACUACAACAUCACCAGAGACCGGUGCAAGGAACUCGGGUGCUGCUUCUACAAAAGCGUGUGCUAUGAAAAAGCGGUUCCCAUCUACGUGCAGGUGUUUUCUGCCUUGAUCGUGAUCAUUGCUGGGGCCUUUGUCAUCACUAUCAUUUACAGAGUUGUUCAGGAGAGUAGGAGAGAAAAGGAAGUCCGCAUGGAACUGCUUCCGUCACCCAUGUCCAGCGAUCAAGUGGAAUUGACGCUCUCUGGUGAGCAGGUGGGGUCCAAGCCUGGGAGUGCGGAGCCGUUGAACAGGAGCAAGGACAGCAAGGAGGAGGAAGAGGAUGCAACACUGACAAUAACGGAAGAUGAAGAAACUGAGGACUGAGGUGUACGGUGGAGGCAGAGUGAAGGUUGGCAGAAACACCCAAGUGAAAUGGUCCAGCUGGCGAACCGCUGUGAAGUGUGUGAUGGAAACAGGAUCAAUGACGAGACAAUAAAGGUAUUUUAGAUGCUUCUUG